AUGACACGUAAAAUUUUUCUCGAUAUUAAAAUUGGUGACAUUGAAGCUCAUGAAGAUGCUUUAGGACGAUACAAUAAAGCAAAAGAAUGGGUUAAACAAUGGUCUUCAACUUAUGGAUUAUCUAGCGAUGAUCUGGACAAACUAACUCCAGAUGAUAAAGAAACAGUGACAGACAUUCUUUCAACAAAUCCUACCGCCAUCAAUGAAAAAUGGCUUACGGUAGCUCCUAAACCUCUAAAAGGUGGGCAUCUUGUUAUUGAACUCAAUGAUAAAGAAUGUCCUAAAACAUGUGAAAAUUUUGCAAGCCUUUGUAAAGGCGGUAAAGUGGGUAAAAGUUCAAAGAAGCCAUUGUUCUAUAAGAAUACAGUCAUGUUUCGACUCGUACAUGACUUUAUUGUUCAAGGAGGAGAUGUAACUCGAGGUGAUGGUUCAGGUGGGGAUAGCAUCUAUAAUGGUAAAUUUAAUGAUGAAAAACCUGGCCUUGCAAAAAAAUUCAAUGAAAAAGGCGUAGUAGCCAUGGCUAAUUCAGGAAAAAACUCAAACACAUCUCAAUUUUUCAUUACUCUAAAUGGACAUCAUCCUCAAUUUGAAAAGAUUAAUGGAAAAUAUGUUAUUUUUGGAAAGGUUAUUGAAGGUUUAGAGGUAUUAGAUGAUAUUAAUCAAGUUCCUGAAAUAAAAGAACAGCCACAGAAAACGAUUACCAUUGUUAAUUGUGGUGAAUGUUAA